CGCCUGUUGCCGGCGAUGGCUUCGUCCUCCGAGUCAAGACAGAAAGGUAAAAGGAGACUCAGCACUCGAGAGCAACGAGAGCAGUUCAACAUCUACAUAAAUUCAGAUCCUGCACUUAUUGAGUCGAGAAGAUGGAUAGAGGAGGUGACCAGAAAGGAAUUUAAAAGUCACAAUUUUCGAGAAUCCCUCGCUGAUGGCAUUCUUCUCUGCGAAUUAGUCGAAAUUGUUGGAGGUAUCUCACUUGGUCGAAUAAACCGUCUACCGAUUGCGUACGCUGGAAUUGACAAUAUCAACUUAUUUUUCAAAGCCUGCGAAAGACUGGGAUUGCAAAGGCUUCAUCUUUUUGACGUCACUGAUCUUCACGAAGUGACGAUCCGACGCGGUGAUUCAACGUCAUCGAGAUUAAAGGAAACACAACGGAGGCUACAGAAUGUUACGAUCACAAUACUUUGGUUAGCCAAAGCAGCUCACAAUCGAGGUUAUCAGGGUCCUGCUCUUGACUACAGCUGCUUUGAUCAUCUAAUUCCGCAAACGAAUUUCGGCAAAAAGAGGCGAGGGUCACGAAAGAGACAUUCUUUAAGUGAACUAGAAACGCGAGACAAAGUGUUUGAUAGGAUUGACAUCAGUGACAAGAAGGAGAAAUUUCGGAAUCUUGAAAACCAAGCCAAGCAGAACAUCGUGCAUUUGGAAUUAAACAGACGUAAAUCAACUGGAGGAAUUUUGAAAAGAAGUAGAGAAAAAAGUUUAAGUUGGAACGAGGAGGAUUUAAUACACAGCUACACAGACAAUAAUUAUCUUCGGAAAAGAAUGCCGGAUCCAAAAUUUCACGAGAAAAAAGACAUGUACGACCACCGUGAUCAACUUGACUCAAAUCAAGAAAGAUCUCGCCGUCGGUCGAGUGGUUCUUCGGACCGCGGUCUUACGUCACCACCACCGAUUUCACUCGGUAGGAGAGUUGAGGUGGACUUGAAAGAGAAACAAAAGAAAUUCGAAGGGCUUGACAAAAACGCGGAAGAGCAAUCUGCUGUGUUGAAAGGCAAAGCUCGGCCAAAGUCCUGGGGACCUGGAGAGAUAAGAAAGGCACUGCAGAAACAAGGCUCUGUUGAUGUAGCGUUCAAGGAAAAACACCAAAACUACGAAAAACUUCAGCGUCAAGCAACUACGGAAAGUGCGGUGUUAGAGGGGAAGUUACGGCCGCACGCAGAUGGGGAUGGAAGACCAGAAAAAGUAAUUCUUGGAGGAAGAUCAGAUGUGAAACUCCGUGAGAAACAAAAAGAUUUUGAACAACGUGAUUAUCAAGCUCAAAGGGAGAAAGCCGUUCUCGAGGGAAACCUUCGUACGUCCGCCACAGACGGAAAAGCAAUACGUCCCAACUCUGUCAUGAUUCCAAAACGUGAACAGAUUAAGCUGAGCGAGAAAAAAGCAACUUUCGAACAACUUGAUAAGCGAGCUGAACAGGACUCGUCGAUUCUUCGUGGCCAGUAUAAACCACCGCCAACAGAUACUGGCAGCCUUAAGAGAUCAUCCAGAGUUGCCCUUCCGAGAGAUGCAAAUGUUGGUCUUUUAGAAAAGCAGCGCACUUUUGAAGAUAAAGACUCUCAAGCGCGGAAGGAAAGUGAAAUUCUUCAAAAGAACAAACGAAAUGCAUUUGAUAGCCCCGUUAAAGAACCCACACCACUGAGCACCUCUACGCGGCCACGGAUUGCUGGUUUCCAGUCCUCCUUAGACAGAAAAUGGGUUGCCUCUGACGUCUCAAGGCAAAGCCAGCAGGAGAGGCCCUCUCGACCAGUGUCCAACUAUUACGACUACAGCAGCUUCAAUGACUACCCAAGAGCAAACGGUUUUGAUGAAAUUACCGCAAGUACAGAAGGUAUAUACCGAGUGUCAGUUGAAGAACCAGUAGAAUCCGUUCCCUCGGUUGGAUAUGAGCAAAUGAACACUUGGCAGAAUCAACGAGGAUUUUCAGAGGAACAAAGAAGCUCGAAACAUGAUGAACGCUUAGAUAAAGACAGAAACGGAGAGUAUUCCGACUAUGUGAAGAGACGUUAUGAAGAGUCCAAGAGGAGACAGGGGGAAGAACCUGAGGAGAUAAACUUAACGGAUGCCAAAAACCUGUCUUAUCGUGAUCUUGUUCGCGCUCCACGCAAAAAGUCCCGCGAGACGUUCAUACGCGGAAAGAAUACCGUCGUUCCAGCGGAAGAGAUGCCAUGGCGGAAGGAAGUUCGAGAGGUCAAAGAGAAAAGACAUCUUCUUUCUGAUGAAGAGCAAGAUGCUAAUUAUGCGCCACGGCCUACCUCGCCACGUUCUGAAUUGGGUAAGUCACAGUAUCUCGAACUUGUCGCUCCGCCCCCUAAAAAAGAAGUGUACGCUUUCGAUGGAGAGAAAAAUUCAGCAGGCGAAAAUGCCGAGGAAAUGCCAUGGAGAAGAGAGGUCAAAGAUAUAAGAAGAUUUGCAUCUGUAGAAGAACCCCAGCAAUCGAAUGCAGAGCACACGCGGAUUCGACCUCCCUCGCUAAAGACCCGUGAUGCGUUUGUGACUACAAGGGAUGACAAAGACGAAGAAGAGAUGCCGUGGAGGAAAGAGGUAAGGGAACUUCAGGAGAAACCAAGAACAGAAGAUGACCUGGAGUAUCAAGGUGACAAACCACCGCCUAAACCGGACUCGUCACCCAGUCCAAAUUUCCGAAAAAUGUCUUACAAAGAUUUCAUAAAUGUGCCUUCAAAAAAGCGUCGGGACAUUUUUCACGCUCAGCUCCAAAAAGAAGAGGAAGAAAUGCCUUGGCGAAAGGAAGUACGUGAAAUAAAAAAAUCGAUGGCAGAAGACGAAGAAGGAGAAUACCAGAAAACGUCUGCGACUCCAGCUCACUCUGCUCCGGAACAAAAUGACCGAUCAUUUGGCUAUAAAGAGUUUUCACCCAAACCUAUCGCAAAACCAAAGGAAGACUUGUUGGUUUCUCAAGAUAAGGAGGAGCAAGAGAUGCCAUGGCGUAAAGAAGUGCGUGAAAUGAAAAGAUCAGUGCUCGAAGAUGAGCCCGUGAAGCGUUCGUCUGCCACAAAUGUUCAUUCGUCACAAGAAGCAACCAGAGACUAUCGGAAACUCUCGUAUCGUGACUUUGUUGCUAGACCGAGGAAAAAAUCCUUUGAGAGCUUUUUAUCUGGCGAAGAAAAGGAGAAGGAAGAGAUGCCGUGGAGGAAAGAAGUACGGGAGUUAAAAUAUAGACCUCCUGAUGACGAGGAAAUCAAGCAGUCAUCUCGUUCCGAGCUUCAAUCCACUAACGAUGAUUCCUUUCAUAACAUCUGUGAUCAUUCCACCCAGCGGGUUACAGAAAGUGAGCGUGAAAGGAGUCGAAAAGAGCCUUAUCAUGCCCCCUCUGCUGGAGUUCAAAACAUGUCGUACAAGGAUUUUGUUUGUCCACCAUCGAAAACAGAUGAACUGCAGGGUCAAGUACAGCGUAAGACUAGAGUGAAAGACCUAACCAGGAAGUUUACAGAUAUCGAGGCAGAGAACACUCUUCCCAGGAAAGGCAGGCCGCCAGCACAGAAAUCUCUGGUGGACAUUGGAGAGCUGAAGCGUAUCGAACGCGAAAUGAGAACAAAAAGUUGGCAUGGCUUCCCAGACGAUUACGACUCAGAUGACGAGUAUGAGCGGAGAAGGAACCGCUCAGAAGAAGAAGCAGAGGAAAGAGUUAGGCAGCACUAUCAUCGCGAGAACAUUUCUGGAAUGGAGGAGCUGGACGACGUGUUUCAAGAUCCAGAGGGAUACUUCGACCAGAUUCGAGCUCCUCCGCCAGAGAAGUUUGACGAAGUGGUGGUGAAAGAAGUGCCUGUUCAGCAUAAUGCUCCUUCCUGGAAUGAACGUGAUGACAGAGGGUUGCAAGUAGUGACAGUACGCUCAACAAAUGACCAUGAUCAUUACAAUCGAUAUGACUUACACAAACAGCCAUUUUCGUACUCUCCCGAUUCAGAUAGCUAUUACGAUAAAAGCCCUCCCAUGGAUGGAUCUCUUUCAAAUAACACCCUAUUAGAUGAUCGAGUUGUUGUGAAGCAGACCUGGAUUCAGCCCAAUCGGGUGGAAUUACCUGAGGCCUCUCCGAAUCCUCCAGGACACGAGGGCAGAAAGAAUGUCCAUAAAGAAUACGCUGAAAGAGACAAUGGUCAAUUUCUGCCACAACGUAGAGAUGAGCGAACAUACCAGCGAGAUAACAUAAAGAGUAUACCGUUCAAACCAAAUGGUGCUUAUCAUAGAAACGACGAAACCUUUUCGUCAAAGAGCGUUGAUCUUAACGAAGAGAAAUGUUUCAUUGACGAGAGUUAUUAUUCAGAACACAGCCGGCUUUACUAUCCAGGAAGUUAUGGUUACAGAGGCAGGAAUCAAGGUCAAAUCGAUGACGAUGAUUGGAAAUCAAGAGAAGUUCGUCCUGGUCUACAAAAUCAUGGAAAUCAGCCAACCAAAGUAUCUAAAGGUGACAAUGCCAUGGUUUUUGGCUCUCCGAUUAUGGUCACUGCCAAACCAAGACCCCAACAGCCGACACAAAAUGAAGGCCAAGGGGAUUAUAGACACGAGCAACCUGGAGUGUACGACUUCAUACCAGUCAAAGAAAGGGUUUUGAAUGACAGAGAUGUAAUUCCAGCUAAAAGAGAAAGUUCGUAUUUCAGCAGAAGUACCGUUGAGCCCAUGCCAAAUAAUAAGGAACAAAUAGAAAGUGCUAGGCGACUUGUUUUACAAGACAUUAAACACCGCGGGGAAAACGAAGUCAAUAAACCACCGCAAGAACCCAGAAUGUCGUCUCGUCCACAAGUGUUUGGCGUGUUUGCUCGCACUGAUCAGAAAGAUAGUUACAACCGUGACGAUAUGCGAGAACGUCAACCAUCCAACUUGCCUCAGAAAGAGUUAGAGAACAACUUUCAGGAACGCCGACUUCACGACACGCAAGAUAAUUUACAGGGUUUCAAUGCAGGCGUAGAUCGGCAAGGUGCGACUAUGUACUUGGAAAGACGACUCCAGCAGGAAGAAAAGAGAUAUGAUUACGAAAAUAGUGCCUCCAGUCACACUGAGUUGCAUCCUGUGGUUGUAGCUACGGUAGAGAGCGAAACUCGAAAGUGGGGAGAUGGAGUGUUUGAAACAUCUCCGAAAGAUGAAAAUCGAGCCGCGAGGGGACGAGUCAUAAACUUUUCAUAUGAACAGGAAGAUGAAAUGCAUGAGGGACACAAGAAAGAAGGUACAAACGUGAUUGGCAAUGAUACAUCUGUUUACGUGGCUGCGAAUCUUGUUCAGGUAGAAGGUUACGACGCUAGCUGGAAACAGGAACAAAAACAAAAGGAAGAGAGGGUGAGAGAGCAGUUGCGGGAUGCUGAAUAUAGAGAAAAAUACAGAAGAGAAUUCGAGGAAAAAAAUCGGAAACAGCGGGAAAACUCGAAGUACCUCAUGAGUCAGGUACAAAUGAGGGCGACUAUGGAUGCUGAAGAAGAUGAUGUAGAAGAAAUAGAGAGAGCGCGUAAUGAUAACAUUGGCGAACGAAAUGAGAUUCCACCAAGGAAAAGCCACUCCAGCGACGAAGACGUUUUGAAAGCGGUUGCAGCAGAAGAAGACUAUUGGCAGAAAAAUUUAUGCAAAAAGAUAGGAAGUGAAAAGAAGGAUACUAGACAUAGUGAACCUCCCAGAAGAGUCAGUAGUAGCGAAUCGCUGACGCGGAUCAAUGGAAUUGACUAUGUUAGCGAAGACAAUGUGGUCCGCAAAGAGAAAAAGUCCUUUGACCAGGAAGAACAUCUUCGGAAACUUAAAGCAGAAGAAGAAUCAGUGGCUCAAGAGGCUGAAAGGCAGAUGAGAGAGAGAACUGCUUUGAGACAACAAGCACAAGCCCAAGAAGUCAUCAUUACGCCGGUGGAGAAGCCUCCCGUAGAAUUCUCAGUCAGUGAGGAAAUGUUUGCUGACCUCCUAACUGAAGAAAAACACAACAAACACUUUUAUGAUGAAAAUAGCAAUUACAGUGGACCGAACACAGAAACGUCUGUCCUAAGAAACGGAUACCACAAUGACGAGGAAUACACGCUUCGUAAACAACUGGAACACGAAGAGAAUGAAAGACAUUAUUCAGAUUACAUCUCAAAACCACAAGCAGAGGUGCUUCCCACUAACGGACAUUUAGAAAGUGAUGUUCACCACAAGACGCCCGCAAAGCUGCUGAGAGAAAAUGGAGACCAGUAUUACCAAGAUAACAUCCCGGGAAAUUCCGACGCAGCUCCAGAAGUAAACGGUUUUGAAGGUUAUAGUAUAUACGAGACAUUCAUUCAUGGCGAAAGCAAUCACGUGAUAUGUGCCAGUUGUGGCACCUCAAUUGAGAAAAGUCCAUCGAUGUACAUAGCAGAAUUGGACCGAUACUGGCAUGUUAACUGUUUUAGCUGUGUGGUGUGCAGAGCGUGGUUUGGUGACGAGUACAGUCCAGUCCUUCAUAUCACCAACUCCAUGUUACAUUGCGAGAGAUGUUACAUAACGGAUGAAGGU